AUGGACAAGGUCAGUUCAGUAAGAGAUAUCAGUGGCGACGAACAUUCGGACCAACGUACACCUAUUUCACAACACGAAGUUAACGAAGACGACGAUGACAAUCGGCGUGAGUCUCUAUCCGAUUUGUUCAAUCCGGAUGAGACAGAGAAUAUAGACCCGCAAUUGGAAAACUCGAUUGAGUUAGGUUCCCCGGUCCCUCUCGAUGCCCCUGCAGCAGCCAAUCCACCUGUGCCUGAGACCAUUUCUGAACGGCUUCCAGAGCCUAAUAUCGAGGAAACCACGCAGAACUUGGAUGCAGAUUCAAGCCCUGGGCAGGUGAGAUAUUAUGGUCCGACCACUCAACUACAUAUCCAAACUCUCCCGGCAAACAACUUGGGAGACGGCCCCGUUCACGCAGAUCCUGGCCCUAUGUCGAGCUUUUCCGUAGACAUGGACUCUUUACAACUGAGGGACAUGCUGCUCAAGUCCUACUGGAGCUUUUCUUCUCGUUCAGUCCCUGUUGUUGACGAGUCACUGUUCAUGGCUCAUCGUGCAUCCGGGCAACGAUCCCAAUACUUCUCACAAUUUCUAGAGGCUGCUAUGCUAGCUUGUGCGACUCGAAUCAGAACAUCAAGCUCCGUGCGGAAGUUGGGUCGGGCGUACGCCGACCUGGCGAAGAAGGAUAUUGUCUUUGAGUUAGACAGACCCACCAUCGCCACUUUGCAAGGAUUCCUGCUGCUGAGCGACUUUGAAGCUACGUCUGCCAGAGAUCGAAUUGGAUGGACAUACAAUGGCAUUGCUUGCCGACUGAUAUUUGAUCUUGGCCUUCACGAAGAUUGCUCUCGAUUGAUCAGACACGGCAUACUGGUUCAAGCAGACGCAGACUUGAGGGUUUCCUUGUUCCUGUCGGCUUUCGUGUACGACAGGCUAUGGGCGCUCUACCUUGGUCGCCCAAGCUGCGUCCCGAUGAAAUGCCUGGAGCAACGACGUCCUCAACUUGCGCCGGCCAAAUCAACAGGCCCACUUGAGCACUGGGUCGCUCUCUGCAAGUACAUAUCAGAGGUAACAGAGAAGCUCAAUGGCUUUGGCCCACCGCUGGACCACACUAGCGUCGACAGCCUCUUGGAACUUAGUGCUCGUAUCUCGGCGGCCCACGACAGAUUACCGCCAGGUCUUUCAUCGAAGCAAACCUCCGAACUCUGUGUCACAGCAUACGGACUAAACAUACAAUAUCACGGCAUUCAAAUCGUCCUCCACCGGACGCUUGUCAAAGUCCUCUUGCAACACGAUUCCAGCAAAGCAGACGGUGUCGACCAUGACGACCAGAUCAAAAGCUUCCGCCGAAUGCUAUAUGAUAAUGCAGUAUGCAUCUGCCGGCUUCUUCUAACUUAUCGCGAGAUGUUUGGCGUUGAGAAUUUCAUCACUGUCAUGUUGGACAAUAUGUACAUUGCGGCAAGUACGCUGGUGUCCCACAUAUUGCAGCCACCUAUGAUGGGCGAGCAGGACGGUAGCUAUUGCGAGAGCUCUCGGCUGCUUGGAUUCCUGACUGAGACGAUGAGAGACCUCCCAAAGUAUUAUCCCGUUGUUAAAAAGAUGCGCCAAACACUUUCCAGGAUCACUGAGAACACAAUACUGGCCGGUUCCUUCGGAUCAAUGAACUUGAGCAGUGGAACUCAGAACCCGGACAGUCACAGCAUCAUGGCCAACACAGUGGCUCAGCCCGUAUCCGGCUCAUGGGGAUCGAUGGGGGCGUUAGUACAUGAUGACUUCCUUCUCGGCCAGGGAAACUUAUUGGGUGAUGGAUUCAGCCCAGACCCAAGGCUCAAUGCCAAUUUCUGGUUUUCUGAUGUGACUGGAGGGCUUCUACAAUGA